AUGGCAGAGAAGCUUGAAUUCACUUUGAGUGGAUCGUCGAGUCAUACGGCGAAAUUAUUCAAAUACAUUUUAUACAAUAUUCUACUACAGAGAAAUGUUUAUCCAGACGAUGAUUUCGAAAUUGAACGAUGCGAAGGAAUGAAUCAUAUGGCUAUUAGUGAUCCUGAAGUAAAACAGUAUGUAGAAACCCUUAUACAACAAAUUGAUCAAUGGGCUAAACGUCAAGAACUGGAAAGAGUAGCUAUCGCGCUCACGUCGGUUGACACAUUGGAAGUUAUUGAAAGAUGGACCUUUUUCGUUAAAACCAAAGGUGACGCAGUCAUGACAGAAGACACAUUAUCUGAACAAGCUGGGAGAAGGCAACAAGAUUUUCAAUCGCAAAUGAGAAGAUUGAUAGUACAAAUCUUGAAUAUCAACAAUAUUUUGCCGAUACUGGAUCCUAAUAAUGUCACGUUUGAGGUUUAUGUAUAUACAGUCAAAGGUGCGGAAGAGCACCCGCGUUGGAUGAGGACAGACGAUGCUCCUAUCAUUCAGGGCGAUACCGAACAUGCUCGUCUUACUGAUAUUGAUACCGCUGACUGCAAUGUUAGAUCGUUUGUUUCGUACAAGAAACCUGCCUUCUGA